AUGCCUUGGAAGAAGAAGCUGAUACUCAGUCUUGCACUCGGCAUGGGAGUCGUACGAUUUAUGCGACCCUUUAUAUUGGACAUCGACUAUCAAAUCACUCACAACCUUACAAGUGUCGAAGGAAAUCUAAUCAUCAUAGCGGCCUGUAUACCGGUACUUCAGCCCGUUCUUGAGAUGUUGAAGGGACGCAACAUCUGGAGCACCAAGAAAGGCUCUGGUAAGCACCAUGAUGAAGACUACAGUAAGCAGAGCGGACAGCAGCAACCCGGCAUCGAGCUGAAAGAUAAGCCAAGAAAGAAGCUUGAUGCUUAUGGCUUUACGAUCCAAGGGAAGGAAGGGAGCGAGGAAAAUAUGGUUGAUGCCGACAAGGUAUCACGCAUUACUUCUUCUAGGCCAGAGAGUCCCAAGGAGGGCAUAGUAAGGACCGAUCAGGUUACUAUUGGCUAUGAUGGAGGAGAGGGGGGACCAACAUCGGCAGCCAAGAGAUGGGCUACUGUAUAA